AUGGAGCGAGGCAACGCACACCCUCCCUCCGCAAACCCUAGCCGCCGCAUGAGGGAAGAGAUGAGGGGUAGCACGUUGCGUCCAGACGUCUCCGCCGCCGGCCUCUCUACACUCCGCUCCCCAGUCCCCACCUCCUCCGGUCCUCCCGCACGGCCGCUCCUCCGCGACGACACCAACCGUCCAGAAGCGGAGUCGCCGCCUCGACCCGGGGUCCCCCCGUCCACAUCGUGGUCGGCACCACGCACAUCCCGAGGCACCACCCGCUCGUUGUCGGCACGCCCGAGCCUGCCAAGAAGGAGGCCGUGCCGCAGAGGGGCUCAUGGGGCCGAGAAGCAUAGCAGCGCCGGCGAUGCCGGGGUGCUCGCAUCACCCAAGGUUGUCAGGCCCAUCGCGCUCAACUUCGAGGAGAAGACGCCCGUCAAGGAGCAGCCCUCGCCAGCACGGAGCUCGGCGUUGGUCAAGAAGAGCACCACCAUCAUGCCCAGGCUGGUGACACACGGCUGGAGCUUCGUCGCCGACAGGGCAACCCACCUCCUCCUCCAUAGAACAAGAUCCCAAAGGGCCGGUUCCACCUCUUAA